CGGUUAAAGCAAGGGAAGAAAUGGUAAAGGACGUUUGGCGCGGUUGGUAGUGAAGCUGCUGACAACCAGGAGACAGGAGCUGAAGAUCAUCCGCCUUUCAGAUAUUUGUCUCGAUAGAAGGGCCAAGGGAUUGUAAAGUCUCCGGUCUCCAGGUCCGGAAGACGGUGAUUCGCCUCGCUUACCAGGCUCUCCCCGCUCAUCCGUCGGUUAAAGCUUGCCCGGGGCAGGCUUAGACGGAAAUCCAUUAAAAAUGCCUCCCAUCGAAAAUGACAAAAACGAGCUCAAGUCUCGGAUACAGCAACUUAUCGACUCCAAUCAAGUGUUGGUUUUCAGCAAGAGCUACUGUCCGUACUGUGUCAAGGUGAAAGACCUGUUCAAAGAGCUCAAAGUGGAAUGUAACGUGGUGGAGCUGGAUCUCAUCGAGGAUGGAACCAACUACCAGGAGAUGCUUCUGGAGAUGACGGGACAGAAAACCGUCCCCAACGUCUUCAUCAACAAGACUCAUGUUGGCGGCUGCGACAAAACGAUGGCGGCCCAUAAGGAUGGAAGUCUGCAGCAGUUGCUCAGUGGAGAAAAUGAAAGCUACGACUACGACCUGAUCGUCAUUGGUGGAGGGUCUGGAGGCCUGGCCUGUUCAAAGGAAGCUGCUAAUCUGGGAAAGAAAGUGAUGGUUUUGGACUAUGUUGUCCCCACCCCAAAGGGAACCAGCUGGGGUCUGGGUGGAACCUGCGUGAAUGUCGGCUGCAUCCCCAAGAAGCUAAUGCACCAGACUGCCAUGCUAGGGACGGCUAUGCAGGACGCCCGCAAGUUCGGCUGGGAGUUUGACGAGACAGUGAAACACAACUGGGACACGAUGAAGACGGCGGUCAACAACUACAUCGGCUCAUUGAACUGGGGUUACAGGGUGGCACUCAGAGACAAGAAUGUCAACUAUGUCAACGCCUACGCAGAGUUCAUCGAACCACACAAAAUUAAGGCAACAAAUAAACGAGGGAAGGAGACAUUUUACACAGCAGCUAAGUUCGUCUUGGCUACGGGUGAGCGUCCACGCUACCUGGGCAUCCCUGGAGACAAGGAGUACUGCAUCACCAGUGACGACCUGUUCUCGUUGUCCUACUGCCCCGGUAAGACCCUGGUCAUCGGGGCAUCCUACGUGGCCCUGGAAUGCGGCGGUUUCCUGGCUGGCCUCGGCCUCGAUGUCACCAUCAUGGUCCGGUCCAUCCUCCUGAGAGGCUUUGAUCAGGACAUGGCAAACCGCGCCGGAGAGUACAUGGAGGAGCACGGAGUCAAGUUCAUCCGCAAAUACGUCCCGGUUAAGAUAGAGGAGCUGGAAGCAGGUACUCCUGGGAGGCUGAAGGUGACAGCCAAGUCCACAGAGACUGAUGAUGUCAUCGAGGGGGAGUACAACACGGUGUUAAUAGCAGUGGGUCGGGACGCAUGUACAGAUAAGAUCGGCCUGGACAAGACAGGGGUCAAAGUCAACCCCAAGAAUGGGAAAAUUCCAGUGAACGAUGAGGAGCAGACCAACAUUCCCCACAUCUACGCCAUCGGAGACAUCCUGGAAGGAAAGUGGGAGCUGACGCCCGUGGCCAUCCAGGCCGGGAAGCUGUUGGCACGACGCCUGUACGGAGGGUCCACAGUGAAGUGCGACUACAUCAACGUUCCCACCACUGUCUUCACUCCAAUGGAGUAUGGAUCCUGUGGUCUGUCGGAGGAGAGGGCCAUCGAGCUCUACGGUCAAGACAACAUCGAGAUUUACCACAGUCUGUUCUGGCCUCUGGAGUACACGGUGCCGGGCCGGGACAACAACCGAUGCUACGCCAAGAUCCUCUGCAAUAAACUGGACAAUGAUCGAGUCAUUGGUUUCCACUACCUGGGUCCGAACGCCGGAGAGGUGACGCAGGGCUUCGGUGCCGCUAUGAAAUGUGGAGCCACGAAGGAGCAGCUGGAUGGAACCAUUGGCAUCCACCCGACCUGCGCUGAGGUCUUCACCACCCUGGAGGUGACUAAGAGCUCCGGUGGAGACAUCACCCAGGCCGGAUGCUGAGGUUAAACCCUGCUGCUUUAGCGGCGGCUCUUCUGUUAGACUCACCACCACGUGUCGCCUUAGCCCCCCCCCCUCUGGGCGCUCACUUGUUUCUCAGGAUAACCCCUCCAUCGUCUCCGGGGUCUGGGGGCUAACCCAGCGUCUACGUGGUUUCUAACAGGAGCACCGCCUGCUGAACAGCGGGGUUACUUCGCUCAUCUUCCUCCCGGGCUCCAGCGGCGUGGCGUCCUCAGAGGAGCCCCCGCACAUACUCCGCCACUGUCGGUGUGUGUGUGUGUGUGGGCUGUCUGUGACGUCCUGGCUCGUAACCUGAAUCUCUGAGGUGGGCCAGGACCGAUGUCCUUCUGAGGAAACACCCGACAAGCCCGAACCCUUCGUCCAACCCCAACUUCAAACACUUACCGUGGUCAACAGACUGAAAGAACCUUUAGACACAGCGAUGAAGGGUUAAAUGGACGCACGGCUC